CAUCGACACAGCACAUGUGUGAAAAUGCCAUGCGUGUGUGUAGAUACGUAGAACUUACGCUCAAUUCAGCAAUUGGCAAUUGUUACAUGCGUGUAGUGUGUAGUAUUUACACGAAUGUACGACGAAGGAAUCGCUGAACAGAAAUAACUUACAGAAAUAACUUAAACAAGAUGAGGCCGCUCACUGAAGAGGAGACCAAAUUAGUUUUUGAAAAAUUGUCAAAAUAUAUUGGAGAGAAUGUAAGGAUGUUGAUUGAUAGACCAGAUGGAACAUAUUGCUUUAGGUUUCACAGAGAAAGAGUCUACUAUGUCAGCCAAGACAUCAUGAAGCGUGCAGCCAGUGUGAGUAGAAAGCAGUUGGUCAGUAUGGGGACAUGUUUUGGAAAGGUCUCAAAGUCAAUGAAGUUUCAUCUGAACAUUACUGCCCUGGACUUCCUGGCUCCAUAUGCAAAGUAUAAGGUGUGGGUGAAGCCAGGGUCAGAACAGUCAUUUUUGUAUGGUAAUCAUGUAUCAAAGGCUGGCCUUGGUCGUAUCACAGAGAAUGCAGGACGCUAUCAAGGAGUUGUGGUUUACUCAAUGGCAGAUAUUCCACUGGGUUUCGGAGUAACAGCCAAAUCAACACAGGAAUGUAGACAUGCAGAUCCAAUGACAAUAGUAGUCUUCCAUCAAGCCGAUGUUGGACAAUAUCUCAGAAAUGAAGAUACAUUACUCUGAGCUGAGACAAUUCAUUAUUCAUAUAUCUACACUCAGACCGUGUCCGAAUUGGUGAAUACAGCUACUGCUGGAUCCCUCCAUCAUCAUAUAUUGAAGUAUAGGACAUUCUUAGCAACAGAACACCCUCAAAAAACAGUUAUAUUCAAAGAAGCCAGUUCGGAUACAGCCUAGACGUGAUGAUGUAGAACACCAAUCACAGAAUGAAAUGUGAGAGUCUAUUUUAUGGGUCCAACGAGAAGUAUUGUUACUGGGUGGAGAGCAGUGUUAUGUGGCAAGGGAUAGUGUCUUCAACUUAUGUAUAAAGGAAAUCAACCAAGAAGAAGCAUUACAUCGUUAUAUUGCCGCUGUAAAUGAAGGUCAAACACAGAGGAAGUUCAUAAUAAAUCCAACCAUCUGUGUUUUAUUGUGUAUCCUUUAAUAAGAUAGCCCACUAUCAUCAGCAACAUUGCCCAAUAAAACAUGCAAAAUCUUGUUGCUAGGAAUUUUGAUUUCUGCUGAAAACACGAUGGUUGGCUAGUAGUUCCAAUGUUUUUACUAAUAUUUUGCUAACCAGAAUUUGGUUACCAACCAAACUGCUAUGUCACAUGUACAAUUUGUGAUCGAUAUCCUGCUCAUUUUUGCUAAGCAGAAAAUUCUUAAGCAAUAUUUUCUGGUUAAGCAGUUUUCUGAAAUUGGGUCUUCCCACCUUCAAAGUUACCAGGUUGGUUCCUGUUGCUAUUUAAUUGAUAAGACAUUAACAGUAGCAAGCCCUCAUCAGAGUUCAUCACACUCGUAAACAACUUUUUAGAAAAACAAUUCCUUAAAGGACUAUUACAGAAUUUUUUUGAAAAAAAAAUUGGUCUAAAGAUAACAGAUUUACACAAAACUUAUUUGGUCUAAUGAUGAUAGUAGAAAACAUCCCUUGGGAUUUUUCUGUUUGAUGAGAAAUAAAUAAAACUAAUUUUCUGUUUGGAGUUUAGCGCUCAGUGAAUUUUUUUUCUUCAUUUUAUUUGGAUCGAUGUCAUGCACAAUGUGUAAUCGGUUUUUCUUGUGACCUAGAUGGCCGAUGGAUCUCAAACUGAGGUUUAUCAGUGCUUACACUGCCAGGAACUGUUUUGUUAAUAGCAAAAUCAAUUCUGUAAAGUUCCUUUAAAGAUAUGUAAUAAGACUCGAUGUAUCUACAUAAGCAAUGUCUUACAAAAUUACUUGAAUUGAAUUUGAGACUUGGCUGAGGUCUCUAAUAUUCAAGCAUCUAAAAGCACACAAGUUGUGUGUCAAGGUUUUUUUUCUUUCUUUUUUUUCUCUCGCAACUUUGAU